GAGAAGACAAAACUAAAAAUAACGUGGUUUGUUUUGGUUCAGAAAUAAAAAUGAAAGAUAAAAUUAGUAAAGAAAAGGUUCCAAAAAUCGGCAAACCACAGAGAAGUAAAAAACACAAGAAACUAAAAUCUGACGAUCCCUUCUAUUUUGGUGAUCGUAAAAACAGACGGACUGAAGGUCUAAAUCAAAAACCGAAAACUGAUGAGCAAGAAAUUCCGAAGAAGGUCCGAAUGAUGAUGGCAGGCAAAGGCCCAUAUGUGAUGCCUGAUAAACAAAAGAAAAAGGAACGUUUUCAGGUGGAAAGAGGGGUGUCUAGACCUAUGAAACCUGUUCCCCGAUUUAUACAAAAGAAGAAUGAGAACGAAGAAGCCUUUCUUUACCGUGUUGACAGAACAACUGCCAAUGUAGUGGCUAGAUCACAAAUGGAGCAAAAAUUUGAGGUUGAUCUUGAUGAAGCAGCUGAUGGUACAACUAUCGUCACCAAGAAAAAAGGACUCAGAAAAAAAGAGAAAUUAAAAGAAAGAAAGUUGAGAAAGGCUAAACAAAAACAAGAAAAGAAAGAAGAAAAGAAAAAGGAUUUCAAUGCAUUUCAAGACCAUGUGAUGUUUGGUGAAACAGUCCAUGCACCGCCCAGUCUGACCGCAAGACCGAGGAAAUCAAAGAACGAUGAUAGCAUGUCAAAGCCUGGAAAGAAGACAUUAUUGUUGAAGCAGAUAAUUCAGGAGAAUUCUGCACAUAAUUUGGGUUCUUCCGAAGCACCAGGAAAGAGGGAAAUUGGACAAACUGUGAAAAGAAAGCAUUUAUCUUUGUGUCAACAAGUUAAGCUGGAUCACGAAAGGACACGUGUUAUUGAUCUAUACAGACAGUUAAAAAGCAAGCAACAGAAACUGCAAUAAAUUAAAUAAUGUUCA